AUGCUGAGGCGGGGCUGGAGGGGGAGGACAGCUGCGGGCUCCAGACCGCGCGUCUCCCCGCUCCCGCCGGGCUUUGCUGCGCGAGGGGCUGCCCGGGCUCGACGCCGCUCCAGCGAGGUCGAGAGAAGCUGACCAGCUCCUGAAGUCUUUGCUGCCAUUGACUUCAGAGGAAGUUCUCCAUGAGUGAGGGUUCCUCUACAAUGGAAGGUAUGACAGGAGAUAACCAUACUGUGGAUUACGAUGAAGUUCAGAAAAGGGAGACUGGGAAGAAUACAGGAAACCGAUGCAAUUUGAAUAUGGAUUUACAAGUUACCACCAGGACACCAGAAGUGGCUGCACUUUUCCAUUUAGAGAAUAAACAUCAUUUUGAUGAGUUUGAGUGCUCUUCAGAUCAAUACCGCAAGCAGGAUCUCUUUCCUAAGUGGCAUUUGCCAGUGAAAAUAGCUUUUGCAUUGGCAUUGUUAACAUUUAUCUAUACUUUUCUGAGAGAUGUCAUCUACCCUUUUGUAACUAUUAAUGAAAAUGCUUUCUAUAAAAUUCCAAUUCUAGUGACAAACAAAGUUUUACCAGUGGUUUCAAUCACUCUUUUGGCACUGGUUUAUUUACCAGGAGCAUUAGCUGCUGGGUUCCAGCUCUAUUAUGGCACAAAAUAUAAACAAUUUCCACAGUGGUUAGAUAAGUGGAUGUUAUCAAGGAAACAGUUUGGACUUCUCAGUUUCUUCUUUGCCACAAUGCAUGCAUGCUAUAGCUUGUGUUAUCCAAUGAGAAGAUCUUACAGAUACAAGCUGCUGAAUUGGUCAUACCAACAGGUCAAGCAAGGCAAGGAAAAUGCCUGGAUUGAGCAUGAUGUUUGGAGGAUGGAGAUUUAUAUCUCUCUAGGAAUUCUGGGACUUGCUAUGCUGGCCAUACUAGCAGUAACAUCAGUUCCAUCCAUCAGUCACUCUUUGACCUGGAGAGAGUUCAAUUUUAUUCAGACCAACAUGGGAUAUUUAGCCCUAAUGCUAUGCACAAUUCAUGCUCUGGUAUUUGCCUGGAAUAAAUGGAUCGACAUAAAUCAAUUUGUCUGGUAUACACCCCCUACAUUUAUGCUAGCAGUUUUUCUUCCUAUUGUGGUCUUGCUUUGUAAAAGUGCACUGCUUCUGCCAUGCCUUAGGAAGAGGAUACAGAAGAUCAGAUGUGGCUGGGAUGUUAACACAGAAACAGAUAAAACACAGAUGACUUCCAGGUUGUAGACUGAAUAUGGAUGUUUAUCUUGUUGCCAUGAAAAGAUAUACAUAUAUCUAUGAAAUGUUUACAUGCUGGAUUUUCCCCAUUUGGUUAAAUGUUUCUUUUGUACUUUUCAUUUCUACUUCUGUUGUGGGGUAUGAAACCCACAUUCAAAUUUGGACCAUGGGUGAGAGAGUAAAGUUUAAAUUAAAUUUGCAUUCAGGAAUUGA